AUGACGGAGCGUGAAACCGUCGCUGAGCCACCCAAUGCCCUCCUCACCGACUCCCGCCCAAUGACCGUCGCCGACCGCUUCGACCCAAGGGAGGGAUUCGAGCUGCACGAGAUCCAAACACACGAAGACAACCAGCUAGAUCUCUCUGAUCCAUCUGCAUCUUCAGGCGAGGAGUACGUCCCACAUCGUACCGUGUCACAUACAUCCCGCACCUCCCGUACCUCCCGCGUCUCGCGCGAUGUCCAGCCUCGCAAGGGUCUUUGGGGUCAGACCUGUCGGUUCUGGACCAGACAUGUUAUUUUGACGGUGCCGCAAAAGAGUAAUCGUGAUCAUUUCGCUUUGGAAAGGACCUUCCUCGCGUAUAUCCGUACUUCGACGGUGGUGGCGAUGCAAGGGGUACUGGUCGCCCAACUCUUCCGCCUGCAACGACCGAAGGGUCACGUUGAUCGCCUUUCAUUCCACGAUGUAGGUGUUCCAUUAUCUGUCGCAUGCCACUUUGUGGCUGUCAUUGUCGCUUUGAUUGGUGCCUUUCGUUUUUGGAAACAGCAAAAUGCCAUGGCGCGGGGGAAAAUUUAUACUGGAGGGUGGGAAUUGAAUUCUGUCGGAAUGUUUCUUUUCAUUAUUAUACUGGUGACUUUAGUCCUGUCGGUUAUUAUCCUUAUACAGAUCGACAUGACUCCAAGCGCGUUUCUCAAUCGUUUAUUGCGUCUUUGA